AUGGCGCUUGGAGUUACCGGAGCUUUCAGCAACAUCAACGCUAUCCAGCGUCUGAAUGCAGAAGAACUAAGACUGGGGAUCAGCCAAGAAGCCUCCUGGCAUAACCAUUACAAAGACUCAUGCUAUAUUUACAUAAGUGGUCUGGAUCCUCGCCUCACAGAAGGUGACGUCGCCAUCGUCUUUUCACAAUGGGGAGAGCCUAUUGACGUGGUGUUAGUCAGAGAUCAGAAGACAGGGGUUCCCCGCGGCUUUGGUUUCCUGGGUUACGAAGACCAGCGGUCAACUAUUCUCGCAGUAGACAAUGCAAAUGGCAUGAAGCUACUGCAGCGAACCCUGAGAGUGGACCACUGCAAGAACUUCCGGCCCCCAACAUCAGGCAAAGAUGGAGAAGAAACACCUUACCAGCCAACUGGAGCGGAAGGAGCUGGCAUUGACAAGUAUCUUGUCACAAAGAGAGAGCAAGAGUUGCACAAGGCUCGUCAGCAGCAGGAAAGGCUGAAGGAGCAGCGCCGGCGGCAGGCUCUCGCUAGCGCAGCAGAGGGCGGCAAAGAUGUAGACGAAAUGUGGGCAGAAGAAUUCGAGCUGAUGAUCUCAAAUUUGAAUGCCCAAGCAGAAGCGGAGGUGGACCAUUUGAUGCGGGAAGACAAACGAUUAAGAAAGAAAUUGAAAAAGGAGAAGAAGAAGUUGAAGAAAGAAGCAAAAAAACGAUCGAAAAAACAUGAUAUGCGCAGUGAGAGCAACGGCAGAUCCGAGCGUGAUCAGCGAAAUGGAAGUGAUGCAGAACAGCAGCAGGAGGCGAGACGGAGAGGCCGCAGCAGGAGCAGAAGCAGAACACGCGGCGCCAGCACAAGCACGGAGCGUUGCAGCAGUAGAAGGGACGGGCACAGUGAUAGGAAAGGCAAACGCCGAGAAAGAAGUAACAGCAGCAGCAGAACACCCAGAUUGCUCGAACGCGACAGCAGUUCAAGCAGAAGGGAUAGUACCAGCAGCAGCACAGAACGCAGCAGCAGUAGAAGAGACAGAGACAGUGGCAAGAAAGGCAAACGCCGAGAAAGGAGCAGUAGUAGCAACGAAAGGCCCAGAAAACUAGAACGUGGCAGCAGCUCCAGCAGAAGGGAUGGGGAAUUAGAAGGCAGCAGCCGCAGGAGAGACGUGGACCCUGAGGGGAGCAGCAGCAGAAAAGGCAUGGAGAAAGCAGCAGCAGUAGGAGAGAGAGACACAGAGAAAGCAGCAGCAGCAAGAGAGAGAGGCACCCAGAAAGCAUAUGCAGUAGCAGCAGCAAGGGGGCAAAGGAUUUCGAUGACGUGA